GUAUUCAUGGCCUGGCCAGGCUCCAUAAAAGAGGCUUGACCUCCUGCUUCGCGCCAUCAUUGAGAAGACAGGUGGCAGAAGAAUCUCCAAGAUGACUGCUCGACAGGAAGCUCUCUGGGCCGUGUUGUUAUGGCCUUGCCUUCUUAGCACCAGUUUCCUGCUCGAGUGUACGGACCAGGAUCAGGUCAUCCACCCCUACUGUUUAUCCAUUUCGCAGGAUAAGCUUCUGGACAGGGUGAUGCAGCAUGUCGAGCUCAUCUUCCGCGUCUCUGAAGAGUCAUGCUCUUUGUUUGAGGACAUAUUUGUCCCAUUCCCGUUGCGGCUCCAGAGGAACCAGGAGGCCUACGCGUGCUUUACAAAGGCCAUCCCCAUUCCGAACUCCAUUGGCGAAGUCCAGCAAAUGUCUGACAAAUGGUUGCUCCACUCCGUGCUAAUGCUGGUCCAGUCGUGGAUCGAGCCCUUGGUCUACCUCCAAACAACACUGGACCACUAUGACGGUGCUCCGGAAAUGCUCCUCAACAAGACCAAGUGGAUGUCUGACAAACUUAUCAGUCUGGAGCAUGGAGUCGUCGUACUCAUCAAAAAGAUGCUGAAUGAGGGCCUUCUGACAACCAGUUUCAGUGACCAAGGCCUGUUCCGAUACGACAUGCAAACAGACAUGGUGGAAUCUGUCAUGAGGGAUUAUAUUUUACUCAGCUGCUUCAAGAAAGAUUCCCAUAAGAUGGCGGUAUUCCUCAAGCUUCUCAAGUGUAGACACACCGACAAUGCCAAUUGUGCGUGAAAACUAAAUUCACACUUAAACUUGGUAUGAAUUCCUAGAAGAUAGUGUUAUGGCGCGGGCGGGGGCAGUACUUGAAAUAAAAGCUUACAAAGACAAAA